CUCGCGGCGCACAAUUUCACUCAUUCGCAAUUGUCGUUCUUCUCUCCCAGAUUUUUUUUUUUUUCGUUUGCAGAUUUAUUUCAAGACAAACCAACGACAAAAUAAACCAAGACCUCAACUCUCAAGAAUUCCGUCAACAAUCCAAGACACAACAAGCAUGCCGCCACAUGCCGCAGGAGGAUCAUCGUCAAACCCGGCUACGGCGGUCGCGUUGCUGGAAAAGCCAGUGUUGAGCCUGUAUGCGACAAGCACGCCCGUGGCAGAAAUUGACGCCAUCUUCCUGCAUCUGUAUGCCCCGGACGCGAUCUUUGAGGAUCCCCUGGUCAUGGUCUGCGGGCGCGAGUCGAUUCGCUCGCAGUUCCUCUCGUUGCGCCAAAUGUUUGCUGGUGCGCGUGUCCUUCGCUAUGAAGUACUGCUCGAGACUCCGUCCAAGCUGAUGAUUCAGACUGAUCUAGAGUAUCAGAUUUUGCGAUUCUCGUGGACAGCCAUCACCCUGAAGCAAUUCUCGACCUUUGAGCUCGAUUACAUGGGUCGAAUUCGCCGGCAUGUUGAUGCUUGGAGCGUGGUCGAGCUGCUCAAGAACAUUCCGCCGUUCCGAUGGACGUACGAUUUGUCGCGUGCUCUGCUGGGCUCGCUGUCCUCCUACGCUCUCUCGCUUGUGCAACCACCGUUAAGCGGCCCGACGAUUCAAACCCUCUCUGAUCGCUCGGACUGAUCUUGCAUCGGUUGUUGUUGUCGUAUUUUUUUUCUCAGCAGUUUACUUCUGGCCACCCUGAUUCUCUCGCUUAGUUUGUCUUCCGCCUGUACAUUGUUUUGCUCAACGAAUUCGCUUUCCCCCCCCCCCUUUCCGUUCAAUGUAGCACUAUUUGUCAACGCGUACCAUCGAC